AUGGCAAAUGUCCAAGAAACCCAAAAAACAAGCGCUGACAUUCAAAUCAAGGCACUCCAAGAUAAACUACGAGAAUAUAUCAACUGGGCCACAACUACAGCUAUUACUGCUCCACUAGUCCCAGAAGAACUCCUCGUAGAAGAUGUUGAUCCAUAUGAUUUCGCAAAUGUGGACUCCGAUAACGAAAAAUAA